CUGAAGACACAUCAGCGCAUACAUAGUGGGGAGCGGCCAUUUAGAUGUGAUGUGUGUAAUAAGUCAUUCAAUAAGCUGUGUCUGCUGAAGAUACAUCAGCGUAUACAUAGUGGGGACCGGCCAUUUAGAUGUGAUGUAUGUAAUACGUCAUUCAAUAAGCAAUGUAAUCUGAGGAGGCAUGAGCGUAUACAUAGUGAGGAGCGGCCAUUUACCUGUGGUGUGUGUAGUAAGACAUUCAGAGAGAAGGGUACACUGAAGUCACAUCAGCACGUGCAUAGUGGGGAGAAGCCAUUUAGGUGUGAUAUAUGUCAUAAGUCAUUUAAUCGGCAACGUAAUCUGAAGACACAUCAGCGCAUACAUGGUGGGGAGCAGCCAUUUGGAUGUGAUGUAUGUAACAAAUCAUUCAGUCGGCAGAGUUAUCUGCAGACACAUCAACGCAUACACAGUGGGGAGUGGCCAUUUAGAUGUGAUGUAUGUAAUAAGUUAUUCGAUCAGGAGAGUAAACUAACAGCACAUCAGCGCAUACAUAGUGGGGAACGGCCAUUCACAUGUGAUGUAUGUAAUAAGUCAUUCAGAGAGCAGACUGCACUGAAGACACAUCAACAUAUACACAGUGGGAAGAAGCCAUUUAGAUGUGAUAUAUGUAAUAAGUCAUUUAAUCGGCAAAGUAAUCUGAAGACACAUCAGCGCAUACAUAGUGGGGAGCGGCCAUUUAGAUGUGAUGUAUGUAACAAGUCAUUCAGAGAGCAGGGUACACUGAAGACACAUCAGCUCGUGCAUAGUGGGGAGAAGCCAUUUAGGUGUGAUAUAUGUGAUAAGUCAUUUAAUCGGCAAAGUCAUCUGAAGAGGCAUCAGCGCAUACAUGUUGAUGUAUGUAGUAAAUCACAGAGCAGUAGUGAUGGGUUUUGACUAAGGAACAGUAUGUGACAUGUAGCAUGCCACAGUAUUUCAUGCUGCAGAUAAGACAAUUUUUUUACUGUGUGUUGCAUGCUGCAUGUUUGUGGAAUACAAGAUAUUGGAGUUGUUAAUUUUUUCAACUGACGAGAAAUGAACUGAGUCCCAUGGUACAAACUGUCAUUGGAUAUCAGUGGCCGUUUAAUUUUGAUUGUUCAAUGUGUACAAGACCCUGUCUUGAGUGGAAACAGACAUGACAUGACAUUCUCCUAUAGUUAUGUUAAUUCAGCAGUGGAAGCUAAUAAUUAGUAG